AUGCAACAAGAGAAGUCUCAGAGAGAGAGUGUUACAACAAUAUGCCCAGCGAAUUGGUUUGGAUCGAGAUGCCAGUACAAAUGCCACUGCAGGGGAAAUAAUUGUACUAGUGAAGGAUUAUGUCCCUUGGGAUGUCACGAGGAAUGGUUCGGUCCCGAGUGCCAGUAUAUCAAUGUGGCCGAUGGGAUAUCUGAAGCAGAUGAUCAAGGCUGUAACAGAGUUGAAACAAUCCACUCAAAACUGGAAGUACCUUUCCGUUUACAAACAAAUUUCACCUGGAUGAGGCUUCGAUUCAAAGAGAAUAUAAAGACAGUCAACUUCAAGCUGUUAACAACGAAUGAUAUUUGGACACCUUGUAGCAGUUCUGACAUCCUCCAAAUAGAUGACGUAACUUUGGACAUUUUCUGUCAGGACACAACUAAUAGAUCUAUUUCCAAAAGUGUUUUUAUCGAAGUCACCGCGGCUGUCACCUUGUGUUCAAUAUAUGUCAGUGGAGGUCGUAACGUCGCUCUGAAAGCUUCAACGGAACAAUCAUUGAUUUUUUCCAAUGAAACAUACGACGAGUCUUUUGCAAGAUCAGAGAACUCUGUUGACGGAAACACGUCACUGGAGUUCAAGGACAAAAGUUGUAGCCGAACCAAAGAGUCUAAACGAGCUAGAUAUGAAAUUACGUUUGAAGAACUUCACACAAUUCAUGCAUACAGGCUUUAUGCUAGUUUCUGUAAGUUUUUAACUGCUUAA